AUGCCACCGGCUCCUCUGGCAACCAUUUCUUCACAGUCAAAGAGGAAAUUGAAUGCUUUCAAAUUCGAUCAGACAUUGAUGGAGGCGGAAGGCAAUAAGGAAAACCAAAACCAUCUCUCCGAAGAUCAUGCUCCUGUCAAGCACCAUAUUGAAUCGCCGCCUCGAGCAAAACCCUCCCAGAAUACCUUACCACAUACCCCCGCCGUCAAAAUCCCUAUCGAAGACCUUAUUGCCAACACAGAAGACGCAUUCAACUGUCCUCCUCCCUUAGCGACGCCGAAAGAUCAUGUCCUAUGGCAGACAAAUCCAGAUAGCUCAGAUCCUUCGUCGUCUGCGAGAGGUACACAACAAAGUAGGAAGCGAGCUCACAGUUCUUCUCCUGCCUCCUCGCAGCUGGGUCGGUCUGAACAUUUGUCCGGACGCAAGGAAGCAUUGAAUUUGGAUACACUGCAAAAGUCUCUCCGCACGCCGAACAACGACCCUACUCAAGACUUAUGGAACCGUUAUUCUGCGGUGAACAAUCCCAGAUCAAAACCAGGUGAACCAAUUUUGCCUGCCUACGCUCAUCUGCUCCCGUCGUCGCCACAAACACCAGGUACGACUGGAAAGGAAGCAUCUUUACGAAGGACACACAGCUGCGGCACGGAAUGGCCGGCAUCAAAUGCAAAACGCCGAAAGGUCGACACAAGCGAAGGGCCUCAAGGUCGGACCAAAGAAAUAUUUGCCGCUUCACGGAAAGAUAUUCUACGUCACGACCUCUCAAACAACACGAAGGUUGGCUUGCUUCUGGAGAAGAUUCAUGAGAGCCUCAGCAAGAAGCAAAGGGUAGAAGAGGGCCCGUCUAGCUCUUCGCCCCUCCCCGAAAGACGCUCUCAGUUCCUCGAGUCUCCAACUCGACCACAAGUUCGGCCACAGCCUUCGUUGAUGCCUGCUCCUAGUGAGGCUGUUCAACCCCGAGCGAGUCCUUUGCGAGAAACUCGUGUUCGAGAGAAGACUCCCGCUUCUUCCGAUUAUGGCGAUGAUGAGCUUGACCUCGAGGCUUUUGAAUGCAUCGAAUCUGCAGUUGCGCAACAAGCGGAGGCCGUAGAGGACAAUCGUACGGUGGUCAGCAUCGAUAACAAAAAGGACUCCAACAGCCAGCGGACGUCGUGUCAUGUACAUCAAGUUGAGAAACCUCGACAUGAUCCACGCAAACAAAUUUCGAAUCCUCCAUUGCAGCCAAAGCCACCCACCGUGAUUUUGGAUGAUGAGUUCGAUGAUGAUGACGAUGACGACGAUAUGAUGAAUGGAAUGAUUGACCUGGUCUCCAAAUUUGAAUCUCAAUGUCCAGCAAAGGCGUGCGGCACAGCUGAGCCAACAACACAGGCUCCUUCGCGCCUCGAGACUUUAGACGAGUUUGACGAGGCAUUUGACGACGAUGACGACAUGUGGGACAGUAUCAUUGAUGCUGGGCACAAUCAGACAGAUCCUGUGAGGAUCAACCCCUCACAACAAUACUCGAAAAGUGCACAGAAUACAUUGAUCGAUCAUCGAGCAAUCAAACGAUACCUCAUCGUCGAAGUUGUUGAGAGUGAGUACGAAGCCAAGUCGGGACGUAGACGAAUCGAAAAAAUGUUGUCUGUUAAAGAUGAGAAAAGCGGCAUGCGAUACAUCGUUCUCUUGCGCGACUCUUGGUACGACACAAGAUGUACAAAGGGUUCUUAUGUUCACAUUAUCGGCAUAUUUGACAACACAGGGACUUGCAUCAUCGAUGAUGCCAGCAACAUGAUCAUUGUCCACCCGGACCACCUCAUAUCUUCCACUGUCGUGGGAGACUCUUUCACCUGUAUGCGGCGAGCAGUUCUCCAAGACCGAAUCAAAGCCACAAGCAUAGCGACAGCACCACAAGUGUAUGGUCAUAUCCUCCACGAAGUCUUUGGGCAAGCUCUUCUUCUGGAUCGGUGGGAUGCGCAAUCCUUCCGAGAUAUCGUCAACAACAUAUUGCCCUCUUACCUCGAAUCACUCUAUGAGAUCGGCGUAAGCGUUCACGAUGCAACUGAAUAUCUACUUGGCAAAACUCCAGAGUUGAUUGCCUGGGCUAAUGUCUUUGUGGGCCAAAAAGUGAGCAAGGACUCUGUCAUCCGUGAUCGCAAUGGACUACUCGUUCCGACCAGUAUCAACAAAGUUUUGGAACUUGAAGAACACAUCUGGUCGCCCAUGUACGGCCUAAAGGGCAAUAUCGAUGCUACGGUCCAAGCCCAAAUGAUACUCCCUGGAGAAGCAUCACCACGCACCUUGGUGAUUCCCUUCGAGUUGAAGACUGGCAAGAAAGACAAUGUUGAGCAACAUCGAGUCCAGACGGCUCUUUACACGCUCUUGUUGACUGACAGAUACGAUAUUAAUGUCACUUGCGGUGUUCUCUAUUACAUGGAAACCUCCAAAACUUUUCGCGUUGAGGGUAUCAGGAACGAGCUUCGUCAUAUGGUCAUCCAGCGGAAUGAGCUGGCUUGCUAUGUCCAUGACAAGCUGGCGUUGCCUCCAAUGAUCAAGAAAGAACACCUCUGCAAGACUUGCUACUCCAAGGCUGCAUGUUUCACAUAUCAUAAACUCUCGGAAAAUGGCGACGGAGUCACAAGUGGGUUGGGCGAGAAGUUCAACGAGGUGGUGGGCCACCUUUCGCCAGAAGAUCAAAAGUUCUUCGAGAAGUGGGAUGAACUUCUCACGAAAGAGGAACGAGAUACCAUGAAAUUUCGCAGAGAGUUAUGGACCAUGUUGAGCUCUGAACGGGAAGCUGUUGGUCGAUGUUUCUCACAAGUCAUGAUCUUGCCUGGGUCCACUGUUGAGAAUCAUGAGAGCUCCAAGAUCAAUCGCUUCGAGUAUACCUUUGUCAAGCACAAAGCGAAGCCAGGCUUCUCGUUCACAGAAUCACAAAUCACAAUAGGUGAGCCGAUCGUGAUUUCAGAUGAGCGAGGGCAUUUCAACUUUGCUGCGGGCUACGUGACUAAUGUUCGUCCGAACCGAGUGACUGUCACAGUUGACCGUCGACUUCAGUAUGCUAGAAGAAGGAAAGACGGUUUCGACUCGGAGAGAAAUCAGACUUUCACAGGCACGCUCGGGAACGGGACCCAGGGCAGCUCUCAACAGCAUGAUGAGGGAACACCACUCCUUUACCGAAUUGACAAGGAUGAGUUUGCCAAUGGCAUGGCAACGGCUCGAAACAACCUGCUACGGAUUAUGGAGAAGGAUCUUUGGAGAGCCCGAGAGCUCAGACAACUCAUCAUCGAUCAAAAGGCCCCAGAAUACAAGGUGAACUCAACAUCUUACUCGUUGGGUGGCCCUGCUUCACAGCAAGAGCUCAACAUUGAUCAACGUAAAGCCAUUGAGAACGUGAUGAGCGCGAAAGACUAUGCGCUAGUGCUGGGCAUGCCAGGUACAGGAAAGACCACUACCAUUGCUCAUAUCAUCAGAGCGCUGGUAUCUCAGGGGAAGUCUGUUCUUUUGGCUUCCUACACCCACACGGCAGUUGACAAUAUUUUGCUCAAGAUCAAGGACGACGAUUUCUCCAUCUUUCGCAUCGGCGCUAUCAACAAAGUUCACCCGGAAGUCAAGUCAUUCGCCGAUAUCUCUGGUCUGCAGAAGCGAACCAUCGAGGAACUUCAUGAAGCAUGGCAGGGCAGUCAAGUAGUUGCGACUACUUGCCUGAGUGUCAACCACGGCAUCUUCAACGCUCGCACAUUUGACUAUUGCAUCGUGGAUGAGGCAUCUCAAAUUACACUUCCAGUAUGUCUAGGACCGAUCCGAAUGGCCAGGACAUUCAUCUUGGUCGGAGAUCAUUACCAGCUUCCGCCAUUGGUACAGAACAAGGAUGCACAACAAGGCGGCCUGGACGUAAGCUUAUUCAAGCUCCUUUCAGAUGCGCAGCCUGAUUCGGUUGUUAAUCUUGAGCAUCAAUACCGAAUGGCUGAGGACAUUAUGCUGCUCUCCAAGGAGCUGGUCUAUUCUGGCCGUAUCAAAUGUGGCAACGAAGCAGUAGCCAAAAGAACACUGCACAUUCCCCAUCUUGAUACCGGUCUAACUGCUUAUCAUUUCACAUCUUCUUCGCUUUCCGGACGAGGAUCUGCUCAGCAGCCAACGACAAUAUGCGCCUCAGAUGGAUCAUGUUGGCUUCGCAAGGCACUGUGCCCAACGUCGAGAUGCUUGCUGCUCAACACUGAUAGUAUCAAUCCAGCCGGAAGUGCGAAAGAAACGGCUUCUGGGCCACGCAUCACGAAUACAACCGAAUGUACUCUUACAGCCCAGCUUGUGGCUGCACUGAUACAUUGUGGUAUUGCUCCAAAGUCGAUCGGAGUCAUCACAUUCUACCGUUCUCAGCUUGCCUUACUACGAACUGAAGUGAAAAGUACGGCAGGAAGUGUAGCCGCAAGUGAGGUCGAAAUGCAUACAGCAGACAAGUACCAAGGCCGUGACAAGGAGGUGGUGAUCCUCAGUUGUGUUCGAAGCAAUGACCACAAUCACGUUGGUGAUCUGCUGAAAGAUUGGAGACGAGUCAAUGUUGCAGUGACAAGGGCGAGGAGUAAGCUGUUGAUCUUGGGCAGCAAGUCGACACUUGAGGGGAGUGAUGUGCCGAUUCUUCAAGGUCUGACAAAGCUCAUGGACGCACAAGGGUGGAUCAUGGAUCUUCCAGCAUUCGCCACGACCUGUCAUACCUUUGAAACGAUCAUGCCCACUACAGGUGCGACUCAGGUUAGCACGGUAGGAGACAAGGGUCAAAUAGCUCCAACUCCCGCAAACAAUCAGUCUAGAGCGGUGAAACGACCACUCGACAGAUCAAACGGUAAUACGUCGACAAGUCCUCGAAAGAUUGCAAGCAGCACGGGUGUUCAUGCGCCAUUCAAAAUGCCUAAGAAAGUGGUGCAUGGUAGCAAGAUUGUGGACUUGGAGAAAUUGCUCGAUCAGCGACCAGUGAUGCGGGAUGUGAUGAACGACAUUGUCGGACAGGAAAAUGUGCCAACGAUACAGCAAGCGCAGAACAAAAGUCAGGGGUUUGAUGUUGAUAUGGAUGAUGACUUUGACCCGGCUGCUUUUGGAAUUUUCGAAUGAAAUGAGGUUGUCAUGGUGUGUUGAAGAAAGCGAUCCUUUGGAUAAUUUUCGGUACUUAAAGGUUUGGACAAACUCCAUUCGAAUGGCAUUCUUCGCUUGUCUUGAUACCAAGCAUGAAUUCAAUCACGAUCAAACCAAGCCUGAUGGGAAAUUGAUCACCCGAAGCAAUCUGGAC